UGAAGCCUGAGCCACACAGAAAAUGGUAAAUUCACGUGCGGUCAGUGCUUGUGGCAGAGUUUCCCCUUUCGGUCGUGCCUGCCUUGGUCUGGCAAGCGCCAGCCACAGUGACGUACCGCUCGCGUCUGGAUGAGCUGCCGUGACGAUGGCAUGCCCACCCACCUCUGCAAACGAAGCCACUUUUCCAAUUCACGCGUCCUUCAUCAUCAUCAAUUCCCUCCUUCUCACCAUCUUCACGAAAGAAAGCCCUAUUCACGCCCCUUCGCAUUCCCCACGUCCACCACUCAUCCACAUCACACCCAUCUCCAAGCCCCCACCCUCCCGCAAACAGCUUCCAAACAGGACACGCAACUCGAUUGGAACCAACCCCACCUCUCCAAUACCUACCUGCAAGCCCCUCCGUCCUAUAAAACGCAGCUAUGACGCUCUACUACUCCCUCGUGUUUGCCCUUCUCAUGUUUGAGAUGGUCGUCUUCGUCUCCCUCAUCAUCCCCAUGCCCUUCGACCUCAAGCGCAAACUCUUCAUCUUCAUCUCCGAGAACCCGCUCGUGGCCAAACUGCAAUAUGGCUUAAAGAUCACUUUCAUCUUCAUCCUCAUCCUCUUCGUCGACAGCGUCAACCGCGUCUACCGCGUCCAAGUCGAGCUCACCCAAGCCAAAAACCAAGGCGGCGCCGCAGUCCAAGUAGCAGGCAGCGAGCGCAUGGAAGUGCAAGCGCGCAAAUUCUACUCCCAGCGCAACAUGUACCUCUGCGGCUUCACCCUCUUCCUCUCCCUCAUCCUCAACCGCACCUACAUGAUGAUCACCGACAUCCUGCGCCUCGAGCAGGAGGUCAAGAUCCUCAAGGGCGAGAAGCCGGCCAAUGACGAGGCGGCCGCCAAGAUCGGCGAGGCCGGCAAGCUGAACGAGAUUGGCACGCUGAAGAAGAAGCUGGCGGAGAAGGAUCGCGAUAUUGAGAAUUUGAAGAAGCAGGCCAAGGGGUUGAAUGAUGAGUACCAGCGCUUGGGCGAUCAGGUUGCCGGGCAGGACGGGACGCCGAAGAAGUCCAAGUAAAGGAGAGAUGGUGAGCCGGUGGUAGGAGGGAGGGUAUUGGAAUGGAUGACGAAGAGAUGGCGAGUUGAGCUAGGUAGGGGAGCUGCAUAUCUAUGGGCGGCGUUGGAAAAAGCGCGGACGUAUCCCGCAUGGAGCGAAAAGUCAAGAAGAUCAGGCAUCAAGCAUGCACCCCAACACAUGGAAUGA